AUGAAUAUCCCAUGUGUAUUGUGCACUAUGCACACCUUUCCCAGAAACCUUGACCAUGUGUGUUUCCGUCAAUGGGGAGGUUGCAACCACUGCAACGCAAAAAAGAAGCCAUGUGAACCCGUUCCCGAAGCCUUUGUUCCUAGGGUCAAAGAACUGCUCGACCUCUCCGCAGAAAGGGAAAAGAAUGGACAAGGCAUGCUUCGACGCAUUAUCGACGCCGAAAUCCAGAGAAAGGCAAAAGAGUUUCAAAACAAGUACGGGGCGUAUGUCAAGGACUUGAAGAAGAAAAACGCAGAGGAAAAGGAUAAAUGCAAUCCAUAUAAUACUCGUUCCAAGGCGGCCGCUGGGCCUGCCGUCGAAGGUGUGAAGACUGGGCCAUCUUCCAACAUCGCGAACGAUGCCCUGAUGGAGCGCUUCUGCACUGCGCUGGAGGACACACGGAGAACACUGGAAGGUAUCGAAAAAGGGUUAAAUAAGAUUGUUUCUAUACUCGAAAAGGCGAAGGUUGACGUUUCGAUUGUCCAUGACAGAAAACGAGAACGAUCUCCGAGUAAGCAACCCGAAGUGCCCGCAACGAGAGAGAUGAAAGGAUCGAUUCUGGGAAAACGUCCCUACUGGGACACUCUGUGA